AAUUUUAUUGUGCAAGACUGAUUUUGCCCAAGAGUAGCUUGAAGGCGUGCGUGGUCACGACGGUACAGAGCGGACGCUUUUUCCUCGUCUGGUAUGGUCUGCUUCUCGUUGAUGACGAAGGGGAAUGUCGAGAGCAACAAACUCUCGCAACUACGACCUUGCAAGCACCAGGUAGCAGGACAUCUUUUCGAAGAGGGCAAAGCUGGAUCCCUCGUUGACGACUCUGGGCACUUCUAUAAGCCACUGCAGGGUGGGCCCCGUGGGCGGAGGGAGCACGAGUUCUACGAGACAAUCCGAGCGGAGAAGGAAGCGUGUGCAGAGAGGCGGAGCGCCUCAGGCAGCGAGGAUGGGCACAGUGCGUGCGAGGAGGCGUCCAGCAGCGGGCGCAGCACAGAGGAGGAGGAGUACAGCUGGGGGCAGGUCGCAUUCUGCAUACGCAACGCCGUGCUGCUCUCGGUCAUACCCGAUUACCAUGGAGUGGUGAUGGCUGGAGGGCGCACGCUAGUGGAGCUUGAGGAUGUGGCGCAGCACUACCGGCGGCCCAGCAUCAUAGACAUCAAGGUGGGCUACCAGACGUGGUACCCCAACGCGGACCCCUCCUACAUCCAGCGCUGCCAGAUAAAGGACGAGCAGACCACGCAGGCCACCUUCGGCUUCAAAGUCUGCGGCAUGCAGGUGUACCGGGCCUGCCAGCGGGGCUACUGGCGCGCGAGCAAGCGCUGGUGCAAGGCGCUGCAGCCGGAGGCGGUCAACAAGGCGCUGUUGCGAUUCGCCAACAACGAGGCCGGCCUGCGCCCGGCCGAUGUCUAUGGUGGGCCCAACGGCGCCUUCGCGCAGCUGCAGCAGCUCGCAGCCUGGUUCCAGAUGCAGCGGGACUUCCAGUUUUACAGCAGCUCGGUGCUUAUCAUCUACGAGGGGGAUGCUGCGAGCGCAGAGGAUGCCAACGUGUCAAUCCGGCUCGUGGACUUUGCGCACAGCUUCCCCAGCCAGGGCGCCAAGGACCUCAACUUCCUGCGCGGCCUCCUCGCGCUGUCAAGCACGCUGUCCAGCGUGCUGUGCCUUGACCACCACGACUGCUUGUUCUAA